AAGUAAUUUGUAAGAUUGCUGAAACAAUAACUUGUAUUUACAAACUGUACUUAUUAUGUGUUGUCAUGAUCGUCUUCGGCUAACAGUCAAAUACUCACAAAUAGAAGAUUUGGCAAUUGGCAUUAAUCGAGAUCGACACCAAGUUAAACACAAAACGUGAAGUGUCUUAUCAAAAUAGAAAUUGACCGUAUUUAUUUUAAACCGUAAUAAUAUGAAUUAAACUUAUAUCAAUUAUCAGUUUUUUCAUAUUCUGUUUAUAAGGAUAACAAACCUAUAAACUUUAUUUUUAAAUAUAUAAUUAAAAUGAAUUUUGGAGGUACAUUAAGAGUAAACAAAUUCGCAUGUUUUACAUUAGUGUUCGUGUUAUUUUUGAUAAUUUAUUGGCGAUCUGGUGGAAAUGGUUACCCAACCGAUGUGAGUGAUCUUGUGAGUAUAAAGUCACUAUUAAAUGCUGCAAUACAAGCUGCCGAACGUGGUGGUGUGAAAGUGAUAGAAGGCAAACAUAAAGGACUGAAAGUGCAUAGCAAAGGAAAAACGAAAGAAGGUGCAAACGAUCCUGUUACAGAUGCAGACUACGCAUCACAUUGUGCCAUGUAUUAUACUAUUAAAAAUGCAUUUCCUAAAUUAGCUAUUGUGUCUGAGGAGCAUUCUGAUGGAAAUUCAGAAUGCCAAAAUCAAGAUCCAAUAGAUUUGGAAUCAACACCACAAGGGCAGAGAAUCCUUAACUCUAUUAAUGAUGAACAUGUUCUUGCUAAAGAUGUGACAGUUUGGAUUGAUCCUUUGGAUGCAACACAAGAAUAUACAGAGGGUUUAUAUUCCUAUGUUACAACUAUGGUCUGUGUUGCCAUCAAUGGUGUACCAAUUGUUGGGGUGAUCCAUUAUCCUUUCCCACCAACCACUUAUUGGGGCUGGCUUAUGAAAAGGACCUCUAGUAAUAUACCAAAGAUUUUAUAUAAAGAGGAUAAUAAAAACCAUCCAAAAGUUAUAGUUUCCCGGUCACAUCCAGGAAAAGUUGCAGAAAUAGCCAAAAAUGCAUUUGGAAAGGAAACCGUUAUUACAAAAUCAGCAGGAGCUGGAAAUAAAUUUAUUAGUAUUAUGAAUGGCACAAAUGAUGUCUAUUUACAUGAAACUGCAAUCAAAAAAUGGGAUUUAUGUGCUGGUCAUGCAAUUCUAAAGACCAAUAAUGGAACUAUGACCACAACUAAAGGCGAGACCAUUGACUAUUCAAGUGGUAGUAAUGUUGUAGUCUCGGAUGGUAUAUUAGCUACUUUGUAUGAUCAUCAAUUUUAUUUAAAUAAACUUAAAAAAAAUAUUUAAUUAAGAAUGAUUUAUUAAUUAAGCCAUGACUUGUGUUGUUUAUUUUCAUUAUUAACACUCAACAUUAAGAAAGCUAAAUAUUGUAACAGUAGUCAUUAAAAUUUAAACAAUAAUUUUUAUAUAAGUGAUCUUAAGGCAUGUUUUAAAUAUUUAUUACAAUUAUGUUUGUACAAGUUAACAAUGCAAGGUGCAAUUAUUAACGCAAUAAUAGUCUUUUAUAAAAUAAGUUUGUAUUUUACAUAGGUGUUGUAAGAGUAAAAAGAUCUCAGGAAAAAUAUUUGGUGAUUUUUCAAUUUAUGAUUAUGGGGUAUUUAAAUGUUUAUUAGUGUUGCAAAUUAAAUUUUGAUGACAAUGUUUUGAAAAUAACCAGAUUUUGUGCUAUUUUAUUAUUUAUUUUGAAAGUAUAUUUUAGGUGAUGGUUUUUUGAGUUAAGUUAACAUUGUAAAUAAUUAAAAAUCAAUAAAAAACUGUAAAUUAUAAUAAAGUGAAUUAAGACUUAUUAAUUAUGAUAUUAGAAUAUGGACACAAAAUGUUGCAUCAUUAGAAUUUGUGAGACUGGAUUUUUCUCUUCAUUGUAAUCAUAAUAAUAUAGAUAAAAAAAAUAUUUGAUAUUGAGAUGAUAUAAUAAAUUAUA